AGUUUUUAUACUUUAUAUUAUUCAUAAAUAUGAAAAAACACGCUCUCCUAGCAGAACAUUAUAAAAAAGAAAAACUAUUUCAAAAUGUAUAUACGACAUUUCGACCAAAUUUAAAAGUUUCGCCAAUCACUGGAAAAUUUUAUGCAUAUCACGAGGCAACAAUUAACAAAGGAAAUCCACAUGAACACUAUUUACAACUUUUGGCGUUAGCAAAAUUAUUGGGUCCGAAAAAUAAAUAUGAUUCUCCUAAAACUGAAAAUCAAAAAUAUGGAUGGUUCGAGACAACUUUUACUCCACGAAAUAAAAAUAUACUACUUUUUCCAAGAGUUGAAACUCCUGAAAUUAAAUUAGAAAUUAUUUUAAAGAAAAAUUUAAAAAAAUAACAAAAGAAUUUAUUAUAUUACAACUUACAAAUAUAAUUAAAAAUAUACUCAUACACAAUCAGUAUUACCUUAAUAAAAUAACAUAUUUAUGUUUUGAUAAAAAUCAAA